GCGUCUGCUAUCAAACUUAUUCCAAGGAAGAACCUGCCUUGUGUCUUAGGUGAGACCUAUUGUGCGGAAAAGGGUGAUUUUGUUGUCCGUUUAUGUCCGUAUAAGAAAGAAAUCAGACAUGAAAAUGUGAAUGUUCUCACAUCGCUGAAUUGGUAGCGGUAAAACUAGAAUGAUGGCGUUCAAGUCUCUUUGGAACAGACGAUGGCUCUCCACAGACACCUACAAACCACCUGAAAAAGAUGAGCAUGUGAUGGUUGCUGAUUCUCUCCUCUCAGAACUAGAGUUUCAUAUUCGUGAUAUUGAUAAAAGGAAUAGAGAUAGGGAGGAUGAAGAUAAACGCCGUACAACAGGAGUGGAUUACUCUUGGCUAGUCAGUGUUACACCAAAAGCUUAUGAAGUACCCCAACUUGAACGUCUGGAAUUGGAGGAACUUUGCUACAAGGUGUCGUCUAGUGAAUGUGGUAAAAUCAUCUCACUGUUUCGAGAUGCUGUGCUUCGUGAACGACCUGUUCGGGAGCUACCAGGUGUAAUGAGGUCGUGUGUUCUUCAAGUCAUCGAACAACGACCAAGGGAGGAAACCCUGUCUGAAUGGGUUACCAAAAGGACUAUGAGUCUCACAAGUCUCAAACUACGACCAAAUCCCAAAGUUGCCCCCAGUUCUGGGAUUGAGGAUGUUGAAAUGCAAGAAGGUGUUCCUCGGGAAACACGUGCUAUGAGCAUGCCUGACUUUAGUGUUGAGAGAUCUUCAACAUGUACAAUGCGAUUCUGAUCAAGAAGUUAUUGAAUAACGCUCCAGUCGUAUGCCUUGCUCAAAAGAUCAACAUUUAUUUUGUCCAUUUGCCAAAUAUAUUUAUCAUGAUUUUUCAUGUUAUUUGUUUAAAAUGAUACAGCUUUAUGUAUACACAAUUGUUUUUGAACAUUUUGUUGAGGAAUGUACAAAAAUAUAUCCUGUUUACUAUGAAUAAUAUAUAAAGGUGUUGACCAGAUGUCUCUCAGUUCAAACAGAAAAUACAGUAUGUUCCGAUAUCAACUCUAAGCCAUAAAGGAAGGUUUGCUAAUGGUGCCAAUAAAUUAGAAUGACAAUAUUAAGCCAAAGAAUAUACAAAGUUGACUAGCCAACUUGAGUCAUGUAUUUCUUAAGAUUAUGUUAUAUUUUACUUAAAACUAUUAUGACCAUGAUGACAGAUUUGCUAAAAUAACUGUAAUGCAUCUUAAAAUUUUAAGGACAAUUCGCACAAUAUACAACACAUUAAGUUAAUGCUUCUUCUAGACAAGUCUCAUGUAGAAAAAUAUCAAUAUGUUUGAGAUCAGCUCAUUUUCUAGGACAUUAAUUGAUUGCCAUCCAAAAAUAUUUUUCAAUUUUAGUGAUGGGGUAGAAACAUGUCUUGCCAAAAUUUUAUAUAAUUUAAAUGUCCAAAUGGCAUACUUGUAUGUCCCUAACCAAAUCAAUGAUGUUAAGAUUGCAAAAUAUCCACGAUCAUGUCAUAUGCAAGUUUAGCAUGUUAACAUGGUUAAGAAUAGGUGUAUUGACUGAACAUUAGUGUUGGGGACAUACAGACAGACUUUCAUGACUGGCUAAUUUAAUGUUGUGUUAGUAUAGAUUAUCUAUUUAUUCGUGACUUAGUUACAAGAAGGGAAACAUUGCAAGACAGUCCUUACUUAAUAUAUUCACAUGAUGAGAUGAAUUUGUCACAUUGUGACAUGGGGAUAUGGUUCCUGAGAUAAAUGAUCCAAACAGUGUUCAAAAUUAAGGAUCAAAGCCAAAGGGUCAUUGUCAAAACUUCUUGUUUAAGACAAAAGAUUUAGGAGUCUUUGCCACAGUUCCAUACCUGUUUCCAAUCAAGAACUAGACAUUGCAAUUUGUGCCUUGUGUGAAUCUGAGACAUUGUCUCUGUGUAAUUAGGGUUAUUAUUACCCGUUAGAUUGAUAAACAUGAUACAUUUUCAGAAAGCAAAGUGGUGUUUAAACAGUUUCAGUCACUUUCUGGUACUGCCUAAUGGCCCGAGCCAAUUCCCCCUUUUAUUUCUGAUGGCUAGAUCUACAUGAAGUUAUCGUUUUAUGAGACAUGUCUAAACACAGAUAUUGAGAGAUAAUGUCUGAACAUGUUACUCUAUCAACAUGAUCCAAUGAUAGAGGGGAUAUUCUACUUCUACUAGUGUUAGUCCUGAUUUGAAGGAGAUCGCCUUAUUUUGCAUAUUUUCAGCAUUUAGCAAAAGUUUGACUGAAUUAUUCUUGCUUUUCCUGUCAUUCAAAAUAUUUGUUGUUUGUUUAACGCCAAACUCAGCAAUAUUCCAGCUGUAUGAUGGGCCCUGUAAAUAAUCAACUCUGGACCAGUCAAUCCAGUGAUUGACAACUUGAGCAUAAAUUUACACAUUUCAUAUACGAUAUCAUUCAUCAACCAAGUCACCGAUUCUGACCAGCCAAUCCCGUUAGUUGCCUCUUACGAAAAGCAUGGGUUGCUGAAGACCAAUUCUAACCCAGAUGUUAACGGGUCUCAAAAUAUUUAAGUAUGUGUAGUUAGGUGUCAUCAUGAUUAUUACCUUAGAAUAUGUCAGUGUUUUAACAUCAGCCUUAUCUAUGAUUUCAUAAUCAAAAUCGCCUCAUUAUGUGCAAUAAUCUUUGAUGCAUCCAAUGGCUAGUGAAUAUUUAUGAUGUGAAAUUAUGAACAUGAUAACGAAAAUGUGAUAGCAUCUCUUUAGCUUCCUUAGUCAUGUUAGCAUGGUUAGAUGGUUGUGGACUUGCUAUUUAAUAUUCUCGGGGUGGGGGUGUUGAAGAGAGAAUAUUUGUUUUGUCAUUCCUUCAACAUCUUCAUCUUUUUCUCUACAUGCUCUAAGAGGGAGAGUCAAACAAUAUUUUGUGGACACUAGUCCUAUAGUCCUUGCCAAACUGCCCAAUAGUUAGUGUUUCUAAAGACCUGUAGAAAUUUGCCACUUUUAAGGGUUUUGCUAUAUGUUAUCAUUAUAAGGACUAGUAGACAAAACUAGUUAGUUUCUAUCAUUGACAACCCAUUUUGUUCUUGACAUUCAGUAAACAAUUAUAUAUUUUUGUUAAAACCUGAAGCAAAAUGAUUUUUGUUUCUAGUAUUUUCUGGAAUAGUUUUUAUUUUACCCAAAAAAUCUAGGCUCCGUAGAAUAUUAAUGUUUGGUCUGUCAGUACUGUAGUAAAAACAGUACAACUUGAAACAAUAUGUUACUGCGAGAGAGGCUAGGACAUGUUUUAAUAUGUGAUGACUUGAAGUUGGCAAUGUAGAUGAUAUAGGGGAUUGAUUAUGUACUUAAUAUUCAAAUGUAUGCAACUUGCCAUGUCUGUUACUAUGUGUAUGUUAUAAAUAUAAAUAUAUCUUCUUGUUAUGUUACCAUGGUUACAUCAUAUACAUGAUGUAGUAUACUAUUAGUUUCCCUAGAGAUGUCCAACCUGUUUAGCAUGCUGUAGUGAGCUGAAACACAUCACUGAUACUAAUGUAAUACAAUGCAUGAUAAUGUCAUGAUUAUACAUGUAUCUGUCAUACCAUACAAACUGUUUGAAUUAUCAACUACGAGUGGUACUGUUCAACAGUUAUGGGUACUGGUAUGUGUAUUGGUAUGAGCACUGCUGUGUGCACUGGUAUGAGCACUGCUGUGUGCACCGGUAUGUGUACUGGUAUAGGUACUGGUUUGUGUAUUGGUAUGGGUACUGGCAUGAGCACUGCUGCAUGUACUGGUAUUCAUACUGGUAUGGAUACUGGUAUGAGCACUGCUGUGUGCACUGGUAUGAGCACUGCUGCGUGCACUGGUAUGGGUACUGGUAAACAGUGGUAUGAGCACUGGUAUUUGUUCUGGUAUAAGCACUGGUAUGGACAGGUAUGAGCACUCGUAUGGGCAUUGGUAUGAGCACUGCUGCGUGCACUGGUAUGGGUAGGUAUGAGCACUGCUGCGUGCACUGGUAUGUGUAUUGGUAUGAGCACUGGUAUGGGUACUGGUAUGAGCACUGCUAUGUGCACUGGUAUGGGUACUGGUAUGAGCCCUGCUGCGUGCACUGGUAUAAGCAUUGGUAUGUGUACUGGUAUGAGCACUGCUAUGUGCACUGGUAUGGGUACUGGUAAACAGUGGUAUGAGCACUGGUAUUUGUUCUGGUAUAAACACUGGUAUGUGUAUUGGUAUGAGCACUGCUGCGUGCACUGGUAUGGGUAGGUAUGAGCACUGCUGCGUGCACUGGUAUGUGUAUUGGUAUGAGCACUGGUAUGGGUACUGGUAUGAGCACUGCUAUGUGCACUGGUAUGGGUACUGGUAUGAGCACUGCUGCGUGCACUGGUAUAAGCAUUGGUAUGUGUACUGGUAUGAGCACUGCUAUGUGCACUGGUAUGGGUACUGGUAUGAGCACUGCUGCUUGUACUUGUAUUCACACUGGUAUGGAUACUGGUAUGAGCACUGCUGCGUGCACUGGUAUGGGUACUGGUAAACAGUGGUAUGAGCACUGGUAUUUGUUCUGGUAUAAACACUGGUAUGUGUAUUGGUAUGAGCACUGGUAUGAGCACUGCUGCGUGCACUGGUAUGGAUACUGGUAUGAGCACUGGUAUGGGUACUGGUAUGAGCACUGCUGCAUGCACUGGUAUGGGUACUGUUAUGUGUAUUGGUAUGAGCAAUGCUGUGUGUACUGGUAUGGAUACCGGUAUGAGCACUGCUGUGUGCACUGGUGUGUGCAUUGGUGUGAGCACUGGUAUGGCCAUGAUGCUUUAUUGGUCAAGCUCACUUUGAACUAUUGUUGAUACUAUAUCUGACAUGUUUACAUGUUAACACGUUGAUGGUAAAACUGGUACUAUGUUUUGGUGGACUACAAUUUUCUGAAUGUAUGUGAACAAUAUCAAAGGCACUACAUGUAUCAGCUUUUAUCAUGUUUUAUGCAACAUUGGAAAGACUGCAUCUGAAUUGUCAAUAUUUUGUGAUUUUGAUCUGGAGUAAAUCAUUCCUGCUUUACAUUCCAUCAUUUUGUAUUUACAAAGUUUUAGUCAUUGUUUAUUUUUUCCCAAUGCCAGAUCAGUGUUAGUUGUUUUACAGUUUUGUUUGUAAGGGUGUGCGGUAUUAUCAGUAUUUUGGUAAUUUGAGGUUCAUUCUUUCCAUGAUACGUAUCACAAUAUCAUAUAUAUCGAUCACAUAUAUUGAUAUAUCAGUUGAUGUCAAAUAGCGAUUUCUUUUUUAAAGGUUAUUUUCUUGCCAAAUGCCUUUGCUACCCUGCAGUAUGCAUCCAGGGCUGCAAGUUGGCUGUGUAUUAAUUGACUGAGUAAACAUCAUGUUGUACCAGCAUCUUAUUUUGUUCCAUUUAUGAACUUCAAUUCAUACCUUAAUUAAUCAGAUUGCUGCUGAAUUCCAAAUUUAUAACUAUACAAUAUAUCGUGAUACGUAUCGCCUUGUGCAUCGCAAAAUAUUGUGUUACACUUUAAACCUCCAAUACCUGUCCCUAAUUGUUUGUAUGUUUUACUUGAACAAUUUUCAUUUUUAUUUUAGUCCUAUUUUUGUCCUUUCCCCUAUCUCUUAACAUUAUUUGUGUGUUGAUUACAUUUCCUGAGUUGCUCUUUAAUAUUUAUUUUGUCUUUUUAUGCAAUUAUUGCUUGCUAAUAGAAACCAUACAAACCAUGCUAUACGCAUGCAUUGUUUAUGUAACCAGUACUAUUUCUUUUUCCUUCUGAGUAACCAAAUCUAAACUGGCGUCUAAAGUCCAUGGUAUUCCUUGUUUAUAAGCAACUUGCUUUGCCAUUCACUCAUAUUUGUGGAAAUUAAGAUUUAAGUAUUAAGAAUAAACGCUAGUGUGUAUACAUUGGGGCAUGUCUGUCAGUGAUAUGUUUAAUUUAAAAAAAAACAUAUUUAAUGCAACAAUAAUACUAGAAAAUCUUCACUGAAUAUUUUUUUAACCAAUCCAUCAAAAUGCUUAAAAACAUUGAACGUUUCUUAAUUCGCUUCUUGAUUUCUUAGAACAAAAAUGUCAUCGGCUAUAGCUAUUCUUAGGAAUGUGUAUAAUGAAUGGAAAAUAGCAUUGUUUUGCAGAGAAAUCAAUUGCUGCUAUGAGAUGUGUUUAAUGGUUAGCAUUUAUAGGAGUGGCAACCAUGAAAUAUCUUAUCCUCAUUCCAUGUCAUCAUUCAGUUCACACUCUUAGAUAUUUUUGGCACACUUUUUGAAAAGUAAUGUUCAAAUGUGCACUAUUUGAUUAAAUCCUGGCCGAAACACUGUGCUUACUUUCAAUUCAAGCUUCCUAACUUCAUAUCAUAUGUUUUGUUAAUGUAAGAUGGAAUCUGAUAAACUCUUUGGUAAUAAUGCAAAUCAUUUUCUGUUACUUAAUAUGUUAACCAUGACAAAAUGUGAUAUUUUCCCUACUUUUGCCAAUAAUGUUGGUAGCUGUAGGUAUUUAUUGCCAGUUCAAAAGAUGCAUUUACCCCCAGUCAUUGUAGUCAUUAUUGAUUUCCUCAAUAAAGACAUUUCUUUUA